CAAAUAAUCAUCACAGAACUAGAAACCUUGUACUACCUCCGUAAAUAUCGAGCAAUGCGUAGACGCUAUGUGAAAUGAAUGAGAUGAUUUUCCGGGGGGCCAUGUGCGAGGCAUCCUGAAAAGAAGAAGCCUGUGGUGUGGUCAAAUAAACUUGAUGUUACACGAGCAAUCUCGCCUCUGAAAUCAGCCCUGAAAGGUGUGUGUGUGCGUGUGUGUUAUAACGAGAUUGUGCUGUGCAGAUAUAUUAGAGGCAUACCCAUUGCAGAGUGCCUCUGUAUUUUUUUAACCUUUCUUAUUUAGUUUUCUGGGUCACCUUACCCGCCUUUCUUUUUAUUCUUGUUACUUUAAUAAUAAUAAUAAUUACUACUACUACUUCUUUAUUUACAUGCUACCUAAUUCUCGAAUCGUCCCGCCACCUUCUUCGCCUGCUGUUCAUGGCGGCGAUUCCUCAGAACGCCACCAUCAAUACAACCACAAACAAAGUCAAGACUUGCAUAGAAAGCGUUCCCUGUCAGCAGCAGCUCCGCCGUCAGGUUAUCACCAGCAUAACCACCAUUCCUCAACAGACGUGUCAUCUUCAUCUCCAAAACCACCUUCCAAAAACUUUUUAUCUCGUUUUCGCGCGACACCACCACCUCCUCCUCCUAUUCCUCAACAGCAACAGCAGCAACACCCAAGACCAACGCACUAUGAACACCACCAGUCGUUACCGCAACCGCCACUACCAGCAGCUCAACAACAACAACAGCAGCAACAAUAUCAUAAUCGCUCGCCACCAGCUCGAUCUUCUGGCUCUUUAUCAACGUCAACUUCUUCAACAUCUUCCUUACCCAAUAACAAAUACCAAACGUUUCCACCUCAAAUGAACAAUAACAAUAUUAAUAUCUCGGUGGAUCAAAGAGUACGACGCAAACCAGUGGAUGAGCCCAGUUUCGCAUCCAGGCCACGACAUACAUCCAUGAUGGCGAGUAUGAAUUCACAGCAAUACAAUCCAUUGAUGGAUGCAGCUACUCCCGAAGAUGCUCAACAGAAAAAGGUAAAAAUAACAUUUUUAUUGCGCGCGUGUGUGUGUGUUACACACGCUGGCUUGACAUAGAUCUUGUCAAUUCCAGUAAAACAAACAAAAUAAAAUGGACUGAGUGUUUGAAUCUUGU